AUGGAAACAAACGAAGUACUUGAUGUUUGGUUAAAUACAAAUCCAAAUUAUCAAGAAAUUCAACGAUGGUAUAGUGGUUGGCGUUCAUUACUUCCACAAGCAAUUAUUAAUCAUACAAUAAUAAAAGAAAAAUUAACAGAAGGUUUAAUGAUGAUUUAUCAAAGAAUAUCAGAAACAUUUAAUGUUCAACAAACAUUAUCAACAUCGUCAUCUGAACCAUCUGUAAAUGUUAAUUAUGAAACAAUUUAUAAUCGUGGUGUUGCAAUAUCAUCAUCAAAUGUUGUUUCAUCAUUUAAAGAUCUUAUUGAAAAGAAAGCUGCUGAACAUAAUCUAUUGUUUUUAACAGUAUCAAAUCGAACAUUUGAAGGACAUCAAAUCUAUCAAUUAGGAAAUACGAAUAUUUACAUGGAUAAAAGUGUUAUAUUUGUACAUGAAACUAGUCAAUGGGUGCCAACACAUUUAUAUGAUGUUAUCAAUAGACAAUUUGAUUUAUGUUUUUAG